CUAGUCUUCAAGUGCUGUUCUGUGCUCAUCCUCUGAACUCCGGCACCGUUUCUAGAGAUCUUGAGCGACAAGCGCAACAGCUCCAGCUUGGAUGAAUUUGAAAUGGAAACCCUUCCAUCAAGCCACAGCGAGCAUUCGAGCUCCCACAUCCCGUUAUCCAUUAACUACAAGAUUAAGCAGAGUAAGCAAGAAUACCAAGGGCUCUCAACAAGCAAGAAGGAUACUGUCUCUAACAAGCGGCAACGCAAUUACUCUGAAAGUAAAACACCACUUCUGCAGGCCUCGAUACCAGACCAAGCACUUCGUGUGCUUUCAUAGAAUGUUAAGGCAGGUCGAGAAUAACUAUCUGGUUCCUAGAGCUAGUGCUUCGUAUCCCAUGUCUCAUUUGAAGUUUCACCCAAGUCAAUGGGAGGAAAUUGAUCAUCUUGAGGAGACCAGCCAUGCACGACUAGUCUUGCCCCAGGUCUAUUUCUUCUUCUGUCUUCUUGUUAUUGCCUGGUACUCGGCCGUGUCUCCAGCCGAAAGGGCCAUCGUUGACAUUCUAGACGACGGUGUGUGUCGUAAUUAGGAUCAUUCCACCGGACAUCGGACGAGCUCAGAUGGCCAGGUCGCGGUCUACGUGGAUAGCUUUUCCUUUCUUUCUCUCUCUCUCUCAAGCUAAAUAGCCAGCUAAUUAGCUUACGAGCAGGGGAGUAACUCUAGAUACUACCUACCCAGGGAGUAAGUGAUCGGAGAGGGCGUGCGUGACGUGCGAAUACCGAGGAGGUACAGAAUUACCAUACGUGCGGCCGGGAUGUGACCGUAUUGUCAGUUGGGCUGGGACAGCAUCCACACCCCCGUGACUGGGUUGUGGGGCCCGCUCUCUGGCUCUGGCCCUGUCAUGGCCCAUGCUUUCCCUCCCAAAGCACGCCGGACCAGAGCCACCCGGCCCACUCCGUUCCCCGUCACGGCCCAUUAUUGGAUGGACGUCUGUGACUGAAGCUGGAUG